CAAAAACCUAGAAAGGGGGGACGCAUCCGUAGACGAAGGAAGGAUUGCUAUGUUUAUCCGUUCUCUACUGAAUUGUGUGUUUGUGUCCCUUCUUUGGUUGCAACCAAACAUACAAAAAAGUGCCCCUCUUGGGAAGGUCUACUCGGAUGUAAACGCCAUGGGAUUUAGAGGCAGGUGCUAAACAACUGUUCAGGUUAAACAAUGACUUCUCCCCUCUCUUCUCUGGGAAAGAUUCGAAGAAUGCCAUUCAACAUGCAUAGCCAAGGGAAAAGGCCAGUGCCAUUCAGAGAAAGUGCCCCAAAAGGAAAUGAAGAAACGCUGAUGGAUGAAAUUCUAGGGCCAGGUGCCCAAAUUCCAGUGCGCAUCAAUGCCCCUUCUUGCUCAAGUGGAACUACAGCUAAACCAGCUACCCAUGAAGCUGCUCCCACAGACAUGGAGCUGAUGACCUCCAUGAUGCAGAAGAUUACUUCACUGGAACAGAAAGUCAAGAGCCAAGCCCUUGCCAUUCAGCACAAGGACCAGAAGAUCAAAGAACUUGAGGAACAGAUGAAAAUCCUUCAGCAAGGCAAUGAGGAAACUUCAAGGUUGAGCAGGGUGGAGGAACUGGAAGUGAUCUGCCUUCAGCUACAGCAUCAGAUCUGGGAAAUGGAGCGGUUUCUGAAUGACUAUGGACUGAUCUGGGUGGGAGAAGGGAAUGCAUCUGCAGAAAAUAUGGAGUCACUGGACGGAGAAGGAAACCAGUCAUCAAGGGGUCUCUGGAAGCCAGGCGACUCUGUUGUUUCAGAAUCUUCAAUAAAUUUUGAUGUCAUCUUUGAAAACCUGAAGGAUUUAAAUGUGCUGGCCGGGGAGGGUGUUUCCCAAAUCGAACAUGUGGCAGGAGGUGCCCGGUUGAGGCAGCUGGAUCCAGUCCCCCUCACAUUCUAUCAGAAUGGGAUCGUCAUGUUCAACGGUCCCUUUCGGUCAUAUGAGGAACCUUCCACGCAGCAAUGCCUGAGAGAUCUCAUGGAUGGCUAUUUCCCUUCUGAGCUGCAGAGGCGUUACCCCGAAGGCGUUCCAUUUCAGGUCACUGACAAGAGAGAGGUCUUCUUUCGGGAGAGGCAGCUGCCAGAGAGUUUUCCAGGCCAGGGCCAGGUCAUUGGCAAUCCAAAACCAAGCGGGAUGAAGGAAACGACUGAAAUCCCAGGUCCCAAGCUCACUGUACAGCAGUUUAUGAACAAACUUCCAAGGUCGCUGAUACGAGAUGGGCAAGUGAUCGAUAUUCGGAGAGAAAUCGGUGAAACUCUUCAGGGCUCUAGUAAGACCCAGAAGUCUGAAGUCAUUCUGGUGGAGACGCCCAGCCUCAUGGCCAUGAAAAAGAGGUUAGAAGGUGACAGUGAAGGGAAGUCUUCUGAUCCCAACAUCUCAACUCUUCGAAUAAAGUCUGAGAAUGGGGAGAAGACAUACAUCAUCAAAAUGCCUUUCACAGAGACCAUUGGAGACCUGCGCCAGCACCUUGCCCAGAGCAGGGGAGGAGACCUGGAGUCAUAUGAAAUCCUCAGUGUUUUCCCCCAGCAGAUGUACAACGACAACUCUAUGACCCUGGAAGAGUGUGGGUUGGUCCCCAAUGCCUCCCUUCUUCUGAGGAGGAAGGCCUCCCCAACUAAAUCCCAAGGGCAGCAGAUGUAAUGGUUUGCAGCGGAUGAUUCAUCAGGUGUGGCUACUUCAUUCGUCAAGGAAUUAAUGUGCCUCAUUCUCCUUCCCUGGAUAGCCUCUGCACUCUUGGCAAGAAGGCUGUUACUUAUGGUCAGAGGAAGCCAUGAUAGGACUGCUGUGUAGCUUACCUAAGAGCCAGUUUUCCUUUACAGAGCAAUGUAGGGUGCACAGAUGCUUUCUUCCAUUGCAUUACUUUAUACCCUACCUUAAUAAGCCAAGCAUUGUUGCCCCCAAUGCAGUGGAAGCUGCCCUGAGUGCCUUUUCCUGUUACAGCCAGCUGGGGGUGCCCUAGAUCCAGAUAUAAGCCAAAGCUGUGCUCAGUUGGGCCAAGAGGUACAACUGGCUGCGUUCGGCAUCAUUGCUGAAAUUCUAAGCCCACUGUCUUAUAAAGGGCUUGUACAAUAUAAUGGCUUCCAAGGUUAUGUGCAGCUGAAGAAGCCAGUGCAUAAUAGCUUCCUAGUAUAUUGUGGCUUGUUCAGGGUUGGGGCACAGGUACUGUUUAAUGUACCUGUGGAAGGCUAAGCAGAAGAAGACAUGGAAACCUGGCCAACCAUUUGUCCUUCUUGGACAUGAUGUGCCAGGAGGGACAAGCUGGACACUCAGAACAGAGGCUACUUCUCCUUUACAAGAAAUGCGCCCAUCAGUGGGUUCUAAGUCCUCUUACUUUGCUCAGCUGAAGACUGUAACUAAGUUCAACCUCAUUAAUUUGACUUAGUACUGACUUGUUCUCUUCUUACAUGGUCAAGGCCUUCGAUCAUCCCAUUCAACUUCCCAUCCCCAGGCAGAUGUUCACUUAACAUUCACCUGACCCAUGGUAAACUGACUGCUUCUUUUUCAGGGCGAAAAGGAAGACCAAACCAGUUUUCUUUGCAGGGCUAACUUUUCUCUGCAAUGCCCCACUAUCUUGGGGAGAGCAACCAUAGCAUCCAGUUGCUGACCCAUCUUCUCCCUUUUAGACAAAGGCCAAUAUUAGAUGGACACCCCUGCUGGGUCUUUGUAGCAGGUCAGCUGCUGCGGGCCAUAAGUUGCUUGUUUAUUUAUAGACUUUACACCUUUUGUACUGCUGGCAAAUGGAGACUGUAUAUCUGGAUAUUCCCUUCCAUGUAGAAACGUUGAAAAAUGUUUUCUUUAAGAACAGAGUGUUCUGCCUAGAGUGACAUUUAACACUGUUUGGGCUUAGUCUUCUUCUUGCUUCACUUACUAGUCAAGAGGCAGGGCACUGUUGACAGAAAUGACUCAUAUGCAAGUGUGUGCCCCCCCAUCCCUUUAAAUUGUAUUAUUCCUGAA